AAAAGCGGAUGUUUAUAUUUAUUUCACGAGAAUAGUGAAGAAUGUGCGAGCAAUGACAGCAGAAGUGAGACAUGGACCGACAACAGCAGCACUCAUAUUAUUUAACACAAAGCAGAUAUUUUGAAGAAUGUCGUCGACAGGCCCCCAUUCACUUGCAAUGGUGAACUAUUAUGUCCAUACAACAGAAAGUGAAUGAUUGGCAGGUGGUCGGUCACCAACUUUCUUUAAAAGGUCUACAUUUGUGUUCUUCGGAAGAAAGAAAGUCAUAAAGGCUCGAAAUUACAAGAGGAUGAGUAAAUGAUGACAUCAUUUUCAUUUAUGGGUCAUGCAUGCAGAUGGCCUAUAGCCUGUGCUGAGUAGAACCCGAUCCCACUCGCGCUACAGUGCAGGGGGCGUGCUUCCUGACUCAAACCCAACCCUGCUGCUCCAUGUUUCCUAUGCUAACCCUUCUAAGCAUGUUUUACUAUAUCUGUCUACGGCGGCGCUCCAGGAGCGGGACGCGGAGUCAGGGAUUGGGCAGCCGGCGGGCUGUGGAGCUGGGCCAGCGUGCGGUUCUGCCCAUCACUGUCGAGGUGGAGCAAUACGGCAAGGAGGUCCUGGACUUUAGCUCUCACUACGGCAGCGAGAACAGUAUGUCCUACACUAUGUGGAACCUGGCGGGAGUGCCUAACGUCUAUCCCAGCACAGGAGACUUUACUCAGACGGCUGUGUUUCGGACUUAUGGAAGUUGGUGGAGGCAGUGUGCCAGCGCCUCGCCCCCAUUCCGCCGCACGCCACCCAAUUUUCAAAGCCAGGACUACCUGGAGCUGGCCUUCGAGGAGCGUGUGUAUCCCACAGCUGUCGAGGUGCUGGAGACGUACCACCCUGGAGCCAUUAUCAAGAUCCUAGCAUGCUCUCUUAACCCGUUCUCCCAGAACCCACCAACUGAUGUUAGGUGGGAGGUCUUGUGGGCCGGCAAGCCCACCAAAGCUCCGACCCCUCAAGCUCGCCAGUUCUCCCCCAGCAUCAGACAGAUCAGCUUUCCAACCAACCUGUUGCGUCUGGAGGUGAACAGCUCUCUGCUGGAAUACUACACCGAGCUGGAUGCUGUGAUCCUGCGGGGUGUUCGGGAGAGACCCAUUCUAGCCCUUUAUAAGAUCCCUGUCAUUGACAUCAGUGAUCUGAGUGACAGCGAUGAGGAGUUCAACGACAUUGGAGGUCUCUGCUGCAGGUCGGGUGGAGAAAAUCGGCACAACUUUGGAAACGGCUACUUUGAUAGGCUUCCUUAUGAGCUGAUCCAGCUGAUCGUGUGUCACCUGCCGGUUCCGGACCUGUGCCGGUUGGCUCAGAGCUGCAAGCUCUUUCACAAGCACUGCUGUGACCCGCUGCAGUACAUCCAGCUCAGCCUGCAGCCAUACUGGGCCCGACUUACUGAUGCCUCCCUGUGCCACCUGCAGAGCCGCUGCACCCUCCUGCAGAGGCUAAACAUGUCCUGGACGGGCAACCGGGGAGCUGUGACGGCCGCUGGCUUCUGCAGUUUUAUAAAGGCCUGUGGGCUCAGUCUGGUGUGUUUGGAGUUGUCAUGCUGUCAUUUCCUGAAUGAAGCGUGUUUAGAGGUGAUCGCCCAGAUGUGUCCGAACCUGCAGGAGCUGAAUUUGGCUUCCUGUGACCGUCUGCAUCCUCAAGCCUUCAAUCACAUUGCCAAACUCACUAAUCUACGCCGCCUCGUACUGCAUCGCACCAAAGUUGAGCAAUCUGCCAUGUUGAGCAUCCUCACAUUCUGUACAGAGCUCAGGCACCUUAACCUCGGAAGUUGUGUCAUGAUCGAUGACUUUGACGUUGUGGCGAGCAUGAUCAGUUCACGCUGCCGUUCCCUGCGAUCCCUCGACCUUUGGCGCUGCAAGAACCUGAGCGAGCGCGGGCUGGCCGAGCUGGUUACGGGCUGCAGGCUGCUGGAGGAGCUGGAACUGGGAUGGUGCUCCAUGCUUCAGAGCAGCUCCGGCUGCUUCCAGCAUUUGGCUCGCAGCUUGCCACGCCUACGCAAACUCUUCCUCACCGCCAACCGCACCGUGUGCGACUCUGAUCUGGAAGAGCUGGCCGCUAACUGCAAUGCGCUGGAGCAUCUCGAUAUACUCGGCACACGGAUGGUGAACUCUGCAUCUCUGCGCAAGUUGUUGCAGUCGUGUCCUCAGCUGAAGCUGCUGGACGUGUCCUUCUGCUUGCAGAUCGACUCGCGCCUUGUCCAGGAGCUCAGUGGCCUUUUCCCCCUUGUGUCCAUUAAGAAGAGUUUCACCCAGUAAGCAGGAGCAGUUUCUAAAGGUUCUCAUGGUUUUCUUUGACCCUGGUGAGUGGAUGGCCGGGGGAGAUUCUGGUGCUGUGAAAUUGCACUUACUGUCUUGAACUACACUGAGCUGUGAACUGCCACAUGGAGGAAUUGUUUAGAUGUUAUGUUUCACUUGAUCUCAGCUUGAUUGAACUCACAAUGUAUUGAAUCACACAUUUCAUCAGACCUCAGUUUUUGAUCUUGAUCUCAGGGUUUUAUUUUUGAGAGAUAUUUGUAACAUGCUGUACAACUGCCGAGUGGUUUUGUUUUAAACGUACUUAUUGAAAUGAUAAAAAAGAACACUGAGCACAGAUUGUUUUUAUUUUCAUUGUUAAGUGUUGUCGAAUUGAUGUUGAAUAUUGUGAACUUAUGUAAAAGUAAUGUGGUUUAAUUUAAUUAUUUAUUAUUAAAAAUUCAGGGCCCCAAUGACUUGAAUCACAUAAAUAUUUUGUGGCAAUACUUUGUGCAAAGCCCAUAUCUUGAGUCAGUCCUGUUUUGCACAUGCGUGUUGACAUCAGAGCGAGAAGCUUUUCUCUAAAUUUCAAAACUUGACUUUUAAUUUAACGCAGACGCAUGCUAGAUAACAUAUUAUUGUGCCUUAGGAGAAAAGUGCUUUGUAUGUUUGCUCGUUGUCUGUAUUGUACUAUGCUAAAUUGUGAUUUGCCAAAAUCACCCGAAACCAAAGGGUUUUUCUUUUAAAGCAAAAAAUAUUAUUUAAAGGUGUUACGUUAUUUAAAGUCAAAACCAGGGGAAAAUAUUUGUUAAGUACUUUUGGUAUAAAAAUCAUCUUUUUUUUAA